AGAGCCAGGUCGCCCCAGCUCCCGCGCCCCAUCCUGUCAGUCCCCUGUCGAAACAAACCUGGGUUACCAGGUUACCUGGCAACCCGGGGACGGGGCGGGGGGGCUGCCCCUCCAUUCAGCCUCAUAGCCUUAGCUCCCUAGCUGUCUUCGUCCACCUUCCACCGCACACCAGCACACAAGCACCUCUGACAAGCAACGCGUCAUGGCGGUUGACUGAUUGUCUGCCUGCCCGCCCCACAGCGCAACCUGCUAUUUCGCCCACACACACCAUCUCUCUGUCCUCCCUUCCCCCCACAGAGAGGAGGAAUGGUAAUAGCUCAUCACCGACUGGCACAUCGAUGGGCCUCCCGCUGAGAAUGAACAACCUCCACGCACCGACUGUCCCCUCGGGGCCGACCACCGCGAGGGCCGCCAACGGAAACUCGGCCCACCUCUCCUUCGCCGAGCUCCAGCGCAGCAAGGAUAACGUCGAGGCCGAGCUCAAGGCCCUGAGCAGCGUGCUCGACUCGCACGGCGUCGACAUGCACACGAGCCUGCUGACCCCGGACGGCUUUCCCAGGGCCGACAUCGACGUCGCUCAGAUCCGCACCGCCCGUGCCCGCAUCAUCCACCUGCGCAACGACUACAAGGAUCUCAUGGCCAGAAUCGAGAAGCACAUCCACGAGCACUUUGCCAGCCUCGCCGAGAACGCCACCGACGCCCAUGUCCCCGCCGCCGACUCGUCCGCCACGGGCGAUGCUACUGCCCCGGAGCCCGCCCUGCGGGACUACGUGCCAGAGCGUUUGGCCGACCCCUUCGCGAAGAUCAAUACCGUGGCGCCGGGGAGCCCCGCUGCCUCGGCCGGGCUGCAGCCUGGCGACCUAAUUCGGAAUUUUGGCUACGUCGACGCCGCCAACCACGACCAAUUAAAGAAGGUAGCCGAAUGUGUCCAGGGAAACGUCGGUCAGAGCGUUAUCGUCAAGGUAUCGAGGCCCGUCGCCGCGCCGUCCCAGCGGGAACUACAGUUGACCUUGGUGCCGAGGCUGGGCUGGGGUGGACGGGGCUUGCUGGGAUGUCAUAUUUUGCCUCUUUGAGAGACCACUGCCGUCUUUCAUGGACCACUACUUCUUACUACCUUCGGGGCGGCUCCGGCUGGAUAUGGAUCUGGGCACCAGGAAUAAUGCAGUCCCGAGUGCGUGGCCGUCACUAAAAGUGACUGCAUGACAUCCCAUUCUUCAUCUGACGACAUUCUGCAACAGCAACAUAGUAGACAGAGGGAGGCGAUCCAGACGAGCCAGUCAGCCUUCUAUACCAGAAAAGAGAAUGUCUUUCGGAACGCUACUGGUGCACCUGUGCGGGGAAAGACCGGACUGUCAUUAUGUUAGCAGAACUGCAAAAGCCUGCAGUCUGGAGCAGUGGGCAGUCGCAGGUGUCUUCACACUAUCCCACGAAAGGUAUGUUAUGUAUCAUACGAGCGAGACCGGGGUCUUCGGCCCGGUAUCGAUCACUGUCUCCUGGUUGCGGCAGCAUCUUGGCGCAAAGGAAGCUUGUUUUCCAUACAGGGCGAAAUAUCGCACUGUUUGAUAAAUUCAGCGCUGGUUGCAAAG